GAGCAGUCAGACACAGUGAAAUCAUCAAAGAAGAAGACAAAUCCAGAAAUGCUGUUUGGCUGCUGGAUGGCUCAGCUGCUGCUGCUGCCAGCAAGUCUGGCUCAAAGCGGAGAUGGCGACACUGACCCGGUUUCCGAGUCCAGAAUCAGCUGCAUCUCUCACAUCAGCACAACAGCAAGCAGUUUAACCUGCAAACUAAUUGGCAGCAGAAACGAGGAUGACGAAGAAGACGAUGACGGUGUGAAAUCGAUGACUUUGUGUUUCAAAAACUUGCGCACGAACAGAUGUUCAACAGUACCCAGAGACUCCAUCACCUUGACUGAUUUGAAUGCUCUGGCGCAUCUCAACUUGACCAUCCACCUGAGAAGCGGUGGCACCGUCACAAAAGCCAUCCAGAUGAAGAAAAUCGUUAAACCUCGAAGUCCCGAGGUGUGGAAGGUGACUGUCAACCACGAGUCAAACCAGGCUGUGUUUCACAUUCGGAUUCCGUACCAGAAGGACUACCUGACGGUUCAAAAUCAGCUCUUUCAGCUGGUCAUCUGGACCUCCGACAAAACGACGAUUGAAAAUGUGUCAUCAUCAGAUAUGAUGGCUGUCAACAUGGAGCAUCUUCUUAAAAACUCCAAGUACCACGUCAAAGUGCGAGCAAUACCACUUCGUUAUCUGAAGGGUAGCUGGAGCGAGUGGAGCUACCCCUUUAACUUCUCCAUUCCCGAUGUCCAUCCAGAAAGCGAUGAUAGAGAGGAAUUGAUGAAAAGACUGAUUGUGUGUCUCAUCCCGUUGGCCGUGCUAACAUUGGGUUUUGUUUUCUUCUGGAAAAAAAUCUUCCCAUACAUAUGGCCCAACAUUCUACAUCCUAAACCUACACUGGUGCAAAACUGUAAAACCAAUAAAAGUUCUCUUCUACUCAACUUAAAACCUGACGAGUUCAGUGCUCUUAAAAUCUACCCACCGGUGGAAAAAGACGAACAGGAACCAGUUAUGCAAAUCUGUCCUUCAACCAAUAAUCCCUGUUCCAACCAAAGUUCUUACGACAGCGCCAACACUGAAGAACUGGAGCUUUCCAUUCAGCUCAACAGCAGCUGCUCUGAUGGAGCCUCCAGCCUGCAGAGCUCCAGAUCGUUGCUGGUGGAGGAUGCCGCGCCUGAUCAAGAAUGUAGCAGUGGAGGUUCAACGCAUUACGUCGUUGGAGCGAAUCAAAAAGAGGAGGAUUACGUCACCAUGUCCAAUUUCUACCAAAUAAAGUAGGAUGCACAUUCACAUUCUACCAAUGUUUUUAAGGCUUAGCUGUAUUCAUUUUGACUCAGGUAUCCAUCUUGUUCAGACAGGAAAUACCAUUAUGGCAAUUUUACACUUCAUUUUCACUGCCCAAGUAAAUUUUUUUUGCCAAUAAUUCAAGACUCCGGACAUACUGAGUAGAGCACAAUGUCAACACUCGCACAAAGAUGAUCAUUAUAGGCAGAAAAAACGAUACUGAUAUAACUCGAGCAUUUUUAUGUCAAUGUCGGACAAUAAUAUCGGACAUCCCUGAUGUUUAUUGCCUAUAAAAAUCCAGUGGUCCAUAUCCGAUAUCACUGUUGACUGUUCACAUUGACUGAACAAGUAACACAAACCACAAGCGCACACCAAAAGCACCGGCAGGCGACUACACCCGAGUACAUAAACAGGUUACAACACCAGAUGUCCUCAGCAUUACGCCAAUGGAUGCCCAUUGUCCAUGCAGCUUCGCGCCUUGGCUUUAGUGUUGUUGUUUGGUAGACACGUUGCUCAUUGCUUUGAUAACAUUGGCCAUACAUUGGCCCGUUCGUCAGGUCUGCUUACACAGUCAUCACAUCGGGAGAUACUGCCGCCAUGUCCACACAAAUACGGAUAGUUUUGCCUCUUGUCCACAGGUUUUGUUUUUAUUAUUAUUUCAGAUUUUUGGCUUCGGUUUGUGUGUGUGUACAGGUAAAACUGAGCUUUGAACCUUAGAAAAUCAGAUACAGGUCACAUAUGAGAAAUGGUCUGAAGUGUGAAGAUAACCUUAUUGUGAUAUCGUAAUAUGGCAAUGGACACGGAACACACAGAAUGGACAGACUGCUAGACGGAGGAGAACUGUCCCAGACAACUUUAUAUGGAACUUGGAUCAUCAUGUUACAGACAUGGGACAUGCAAUGUAUGAUGAAGAUUCUGAUUUGCAAACAGCACUGACAGUAUGUACUUCAACCAAGACGUUAACCAUAUAUAUCAGGGCAUGUCUCCUAAAUGACAGCUCUGAAUUUCACAACCGAGCGACCCCACAAAAAAAAUUCCCACACAAAACAUGGCCCCCUUCUUAUAGAAGCAUCCUGUCUUGGAUGCUUGGAUCCAAAUUCAGUCAUUCCGCACAUUUGUGCUAUUAUCCACAUAUCAUGCUAACAUGACCAUAGUAGCAUCUUUUGGCCUUUCUCAUUUCAUAUCAUUUUCAUUUCAUAUCAUUUUCAUUUCAUUAUUUUUCCGAAUGUUUAUUUUUUUUUAUUCUUGGGGCAUUCACACGCAAUGUCUCGACGUAGCAAUCUAAUUUUUAAAAUCUAAUUUAAAAUUGUGUGAUCAUCGACUACUUCUCCGAUAUCAAAAGAAGCAGGAAGAAAGACUAAAGAGAAACAACAAAUGUGAUUAAAAAGACAUUCAUGAUGUUUCCUGGGCGCCAUGUCGCUGAGUUAACAUCCAAUGUGUCCCGAUAUUGACGAACAGAGGUGUUAUAAUGCCGGACCAAGCCAACUGUGGUUGAUCUUUCAGGGCUUCUGAUUGGCCCAAACAUUUUACUGUCCAGUAUGCUCGUAUGGGCAGACUACGUAUGUCAGUUUCUGAAAAGAUGUGUGUUGGUGUGUUCAUGCAGGUUUAGUUGAAGGACCAAUCCUGAUGCAAAACCUUCCACAGGUACUCCAUGUAUCAUUUGUCAGUGUGGUUCAAUGGGUUUGACCAAGUGGAAUAGCUUAGUACCCCCGGCUGGUACGUAGGAUCAUUGUCUUUGAUUCUUUUUUUCACGCACUUGCUACUUGAGCACUUUUGGUUUGAUUGGAGUUUUUGUGGUUGGACAAAUGAUCUACGUAUGACGAAAGGCAGCGGGAGGCCGUUUCACACGUGGAUCUUUACAAAGCUGCUAGUUUCUGAGGACAUUUGUUGCCGAAUGUUUCUGGUCCUCUUACUGUCAUUUAUGUAAGAGGAUGUGGUCUUAUGGGACAGGAUGUUUGGCUACAGAAAAAAUUGCAACUUAAAUCAUGUUUCAUACAGCAAUAAAACAUGCCCAAGUUAUGUUGCCGUACAUUUUUGCUGCUGAUACCCUGAAUUUGUGUUAUUUAGUAAAUGUGGAUA